UCCCCGUUUGAUUCAGCUAGUAGCGGGACUGGCCCCACUAGCGACUACGGUUGGGGUUGCAUGUUGCGAUGCGGACAGAUGCUUCUCGCUCAGGCGAUGGUCAUGAAACAUCUUGGACGAGGUAUGAGCUGUGAUGCGUCAUACGCGAAAAUACUGCGGAUGUUUCAAGACAAGAAAAACUCACUGUAUUCGAUUCAUCAGAUAGCUCAGAUGGGAGAGUCGGAAGGCAAGGGAAUUGGAGAAUGGUUCGGCCCGAACACGGUUAUGCAGGUUUUGAAGAAGUUAUCCAUGUACGACACGUGGAAUAAAUUUGCGAUCCAUAUAGCGAUGAACAGCGCCGUUGUAAUAGAGGAUCAAAAUGCAUCAUUUAGCCGCUAUACUUCGCAACAGAAACCGCCGAACUACUGUUGGCGCCCUUUGCUGUUGGUUAUUCCGCUUCGCCUUGGACUGUUGCAUCUCAACCCUUGCUACGUACAGGCGCUAAAAGUAGGUUUCUUCAUUCUUCGUUCGCCCCGCUGUUUCGGCUGCAGUGGUUACCUCGGCAUGAUCGGCGGUCGCCCGAACCACGCGUUGUAUUUCAUCGGCUUGGCCGGAGAUAAACUGAUAUACCUGGACCCCCAUGCAAGUCAAAUUUCAGUGGAUCUGGACGAGGGGUGCGAAGCACUGCAAGAUGCUUCCUACCACAGUACUUCCUUGCUCAGCAUGCCGGUCGACAACAUCGAUCCGUCAAUUGCUAUUGCCUUCUACUGUGAAUCUGAAAUCGACUUCGACGCUUUCUGUGACUUCGCUCAGCAGGAACUUCUGGCCCAGCAUUGCCCGUUGUUUGAAAUCCUUGAGAAGCAUCCUGCAACGUGGCCGCGGUUUCAGCCGUAUGUCAGAGUCGACGAAAAGCAGUCAGGUAAUCACGUUCUGCCUUUUGAUUCAUGGCACAUUUGA